UCCCAGGCUCCCCUGCCUCCCAGUUUGAGAAGAGAGAGGGCAGGAAAAUGAGACGGGGCUGGCCCAGAUCCCAGUGAAGUAGCUUCCACAUGGCCGAACAGAGCUCCAAGCAGGAGCUCACAAAGCAGGGCUUUGAUGGUGGCCCUGCAGGCCCGGCCUCUCCCCUCUCCCUCAGGGUGCUUCGCUUGGUUCAUUCUGGGCCUCCCGUGAGCCUGAUUGAAUGGGAAACGGUGGGCCUGAGAAGUUCCUUGUGACAAGCUAAUCCCAGCUUGCUGACCUGACCACACCUCCAAAGGAAACAGCCUCCCGAGCUCCAGAACAAUUCAGGCACCCAGUAGCCCCAAGAAAGAGCUAUCAGGGACGGUCAAGGCUCGGGUGAAAUCACACAGCUUGCAAGACAGGAUUGGAAUCCAAGUCCCAUAUCCUGUUCCUUAGCCGCUUCUUGGUGCCUACAGAAGUCACAGCUUAGUGUCUUCAAGAGGCAGUAUGUCAGAGGGGGUGGGCACAUUCCGAAUGGUCCCUGAAGAGGAGCAGGAGCUCCGGGCACAGCUAGAACAGCUCACAACCAAGGAUCAUGGUCCUGUCUUUGGCCCAUGCAGCCAGCUGCCCCGCCACACUUUGCAGAAGGCUAAGGAUGAGCUGAAUGAAAGGGAGGAAACCCGGGAUGAGGCGGUGAGGGAGCUACAGGAGCUGGUCCAGGCACAGGCAGCUUCUGGGGAAGAGUUGGCCGUGGCAGUGGCUGAGAGGGUGCAGGCAAGAGACAGCGCCUUCCUCCUGCGCUUCAUCCGUGCCCGAAAGUUUGAUGUGGGCCGGGCUUAUGAGCUGCUCAAAGGCUAUGUGAACUUCCGGCUCCAGUACCCUGAACUCUUCGAUAGCCUAUCUAUGGAGGCUCUCCGCUGCACUAUCGAGGCCGGUUACCCUGGUGUCCUUUCCAGUCGGGACAAGUAUGGUCGAGUGGUUAUGCUCUUCAACAUUGAAAACUGGCACUGUGAAGAAGUCACCUUUGAUGAGAUCUUACAGGCAUAUUGUUUCAUUCUGGAGAAACUGCUGGAGAACGAGGAAACCCAAAUCAACGGCUUCUGUAUUGUGGAGAACUUCAAGGGCUUCACCAUGCAGCAGGCCGCGGGACUCCGCCCCUCCGAUCUCAAGAAGAUGGUGGACAUGCUCCAGGAUUCAUUCCCAGCCAGGUUCAAAGCUAUCCACUUCAUCCACCAACCAUGGUACUUCACCACCACUUACAAUGUGGUCAAGCCCUUCUUGAAGAACAAGUUGCUACAGAGGGUCUUCGUUCAUGGAGAUGACCUGGACGGCUUCUUCCAGGAGAUUGAUGAGAAUAUCUUGCCUGCUGACUUUGGGGGUACACUGCCCAAGUAUGACGGCAAAGUUGUCGCUGAGCAGCUCUUCGGUCCCCGGGUUGAGGUUGAGAACACAGCCUUGUGAGGAGAUGCCCUACCAUGUGAUCCUCAUUAGCAUCCCGGCCCUUCCUCAGCUUUCCUGAACCCAAAACAGGGAACGGAACGCCUGAGGUGACUGGUUUCCCCAGCCUUCCCUAGGUUUAGGACCGCUCUAGUGGCAUCUCAUCCCAAACCGACCUAGAGGACAGUGAGGCACAGGCAUGUCUUUUUUUUUUUUUUUUUUUUUCCUCCAUUUUUCUUUUCUUCGGAGAUGGGGACCGAACCCAGGACCUUGCGCUUGCUAGGCAAGCGCUCUACCACUGAGCUAAAUCCCCAACCCCACAGGCAUGUCUUUAAUAGGAGACUUGUGGGGCAGCUAAAUUCCCAUCAGCCUUUGCGGUUACAGGGCAAUGACUUUGAGAGAAGUUAGGAUUUCACAGACUAAUUAGGUGGCUUCUCCGUGAUUGUCUUUGUAAUCGCUUUGAUACUUAGGGUGUGAAGGUGAGUGAGAAGCUUACUUGCAAUUCAGUUAAAAAAAGAAAGAGAGGGGCUUAAAGCUCUAAUGAUCUUAGCAGCAGUGGGCAGAUAAGGGGUUUCCCACCUAAGAUUCCAGGGAGGGAGUAGCAGCCUUAGAACAGUUGUAUUUGGGGCUGACUUGCGGAUGAACGCCCUGCGGAUGAACGCCCUCGUAGCUAAGAGCUCUGGACUCUGUCCAGGGUAGAAGUCACGUCCCUUCCUCUCCAUCCACCGUAGGUGUGAUUUUUGGGGCCAGGGCUCCCAUUCACUAGAUGCUGUUUGCUUUGUUGGAUGGUCUUACUUAAAUGCACCUUUGACAUUGUCCCCAGACACUCUUAGUCCUUAUUAGACAAAUAAAACCGUUCUUUGUCUUGUGUCA